CUGAUUCCAUAUAAAAUAAGAUAUUUGCUUUUUGACAGCUAAUGUUAUCUAAAAAUCUCUCGUCGCUUCAGCUUUCCUCUUUCUAAGCAAGUAACUUCUCUUUCUUACCUCAUCGAUUGUCUUCAUCUGUUGAUUCUGUUGUUUGAUUUGAUUCUUCCGGUUCUCUGCUGUUUUGGUGUUUAAUUCCUCUUUGCAAGCAAGUAAUAUUCGAUCCGAAACUUGAUAGUUUUGGUAUCUAAAGUCCUUUCGAUCGUCAUUGUUCUUCUUAUUUCAUUUGGAUUUUGAAAAAAAAGUAUUGAGAUGGGUGGAGAUUUGAUAGAAGAUGAUUGGGAAUUUGCUUCAUCAUCAAAACCUAGUCGAACCCUAGUUAUUGUGGGCCGUACUGGAAACGGAAAGAGCGCAACAGGGAACAGCAUCCUUGGGAAGAAAGCGUUUAGGUCAAGAGUAAGUACUCUUGGAGUCACAAGCACAUGUGAGUCACAUAGAGUUGUUCAAGAAGAUGGUCAGAUCAUCAAUGUUAUUGAUACUCCUGGUCUUUUUGAUGUAUCAAUGGCUGCUGAUUUUAUCGGUAAAGAGAUUGUGAGAUGCAUAACUUUGGCUGAAGAUGGGAUCCAUGCUGUUCUGUUGGUGUUCUCUGUGAGGGGUCGACUUACUGAAGAGGAGAAAUCUGCUCUAUGUCACUUGCAAACUCUGUUUGGCAGCAAAAUCGCCAAUUAUAUGAUAGUUGUCUUCACUGGUGGAGAUGAGUUGGAGGAGAAUGAAGAGACACUAGAGGAGUUUUUGGCUCAGGCGUGCCCUGAGUUUCUGAAAGAUAUACUUGAGCUAUGUGACAAUCGAUUGGUACUGUUUGAUAACAAGACUAAGGAUAAGGGCAAGAAAGCUGAGCAAGUUGAGAAACUUCUCUCACUUGUUGAUUCCAUAGCUAGGAAGAACAAUGGAAAACCGUUUACAGAUGAAUUGUUCCACGAGCUACAGGAAGAGGCUAUCAAGUUAAGGGACCAGAAAAAGGAGGUUGAAUCUCUCAGGGGUUAUUCAAAGAAUGAGAUAUCUGAGUUCAAGAAGCAGAUAGAGACAUCUUAUGACCAGCAGCUUAGCCGCAUCACAGUGAUGGUGGAGACAAAGCUGAGAGAAACGGCAAAGAGGCUGGAGCAUCAAUUGGGUGAAGAACAAGCCGCAAGACUUGAAGCGGAAAAGAGGGCAAACGAAGCUCAUAAACGGUCGAGCGAUGAGAUUAAGAAGCUUAGAGAGAAUCUGGAGAGGGCUGAGAAAGAGACAAAGGAGCUCCAGAAAAAACUGGGAAAGUGCAUCAAUCUGUGAUUGAGAAUCUGAGAUGGUGACGCUUCUUUGAACUCUGAUAAGGGUUUUCAUUUAUUCAUAUCAGUAUAUGGUUUAAUCAUCGAAAGACCUGGUGUUAUAAGUAUAAUUAAUGACGGAUCCAUCUUUUGAUACUGGACGAAUUUGUGUGUUUAGUUGGUUUUUAUUUUCCUUUUAAAAGGAUUAAUCUUUUGAGAGAGAUCUAUUUAAAAUGAACAGUUAUUAUAACAUGUUAAAUCAGUAUUAUAAAUAAAAAUUAAUAUGCUCCAGCCUC